AUGAAAGGUGGACUGCGUUUCGCAUUAUGCGUUACCUUCUUGCUGUUGUUUUCUCUCUAUUUGCUGGAGGCCCAUUUAAAGGACCUCUAUAACCAGUAUCGCGCUGGCGCAUACCUAAUUGAUUGGCUGGAUCGCAAUGGGCCCGUCCACAGCCGGGUGGAGGGAUAUACCACACCGGGAGACAAGAUCAUUGUGAUGGCCAAGCUGGAGGAAGAACCUACCGAUUGGGUAGAAGAACAGCUUCCAGACUGGCAACGAGCCAUCUACAUCGUCAACCCUUCCCAACCGACAAUAUCAGACGACAAGGUGCUCACGACCCCGGCAAACAAAGGCCACGAGUCCAUGGCCUACCUAACCUACGUGAUCAACCACUACGAUGACCUCCCUUCGACAAUCGUCUUCCUCCAUGCCCACCGCUCCGGCUUCGUAAUGGCCUGGCACGUCGACGCUCCGCUCCACGACAACGUCGCCGCAAUGCGCAUGCUCCAACUCGACUUCGUCCAGCGAAACGGCUACGUCAAUCUCCGCUGCAACUGGAACCCCGGCUGCAAGGAAGCCCACCGGUAUAACGCCCAUGUCACCGAGCAGGUCUGGUGGGAUAUUUUCGACGGCACCAGCACCCCGCCUCUCAAUACCUCUUCGCCUUACCAGACCGAGUCCCACACACAGAGAUAUCUCCGCAAACCGGCUCAGAUCGGCGCGGCGUGCUGCGCGCAGUUCGCCGUUUCGCGCGCCCAGGUGCAUUUGCGACCCCGCGACGACUACAUCAAGUUCCGGCAGUGGAUUCUCGAUACGGAACUGAACGACGCCUCGUCAGGACGAGUCAUGGAGUUCUUGUGGCAUGUCAUUUUUGGCAUGAAUGCCGUCUACUGCCCCGAUGAGGAGCUCUGCUACUGCCAGGUCUAUGGCCAAUGCUGGUAG